UAAACCUUAAAACACCCAGCGAGGAGUCUCUUAAACUCUCACAAGCCUUCGAGUAGGGAAGACAUCCAACAUGGAAACUAACACAACAAAAACAUCAUUGGUAAGAGUAACAGAGAUCCAAGGCAGAGGCAGAGGUCUGGUUGCAACCCGGCCCAUUGAAGCAGGUCAGGUACUUAUGCAAGAGACUCCUCUCUUGAUUUAUCCACACUCAAAUCCAUGCAUAACCAGUUCAUUCUGCGCCCAUUGCUUUCUAGCAUUGCCUCCCUCGCCAUCAUUUUUAUCAUGCCCAUCAUGCACACAUCCUCUAAUCUUCUGCUCCACCCAGUGCCAGUCAGGGGCUCAAACCUCUUCACACACUGAAUGGGUUUGCAAAUCGCUCAACAUUCUCAGCUCCUCUUCAUUGGAUCCUGAAACCCACACACAGGCAUGCUUUCUGAUUGCAGCUUACAAUUUAGCCAUUGUUUCAACUGCUAAGUUUCAGCUUCUCUUGCUUUUGCAAGGAAAUGGUGCAACAGUGGACUCACAGGCACACUUGUUGCAUUCUUUUAUGGUGUCCGUUAUGUCAUUCUGGCCUCUUCAAGGACAGCUACCUGGAUUUUCUCCAGAGUUGACUGCCUCCCUGCUGUCCAAGGAUAAACAGAAUGCAUUUGGGUUAAUGGCACCUGUCCAGCAAGGUGGGGAGAGACAGGUCAGGGCAUAUGCAAUAUAUGCACAAGCUUCCUUUUUCAAUCAUGACUGCCUUCCAAAUGCCUGUAGAUUUGAUUAUGUAGACAAGCCUGGAGAUCACAAUACAAAUAUUAUCAUUAGAUCUCUGCAUGACAUUCAGGAUGGAUCAGAGAUAUGCCUGAGCUACUUCCCUGUCAAUUGGCCAUAUGCUGAAAGACAAAAAAGGUUAUUAGAAGACUAUGGCUUUUCUUGCAUGUGUGACCGUUGCAGGGUUGAGGAAACAUGGAGUGACAAGGAAAGCAUGGAUGAGGAAAAUGCUAUCUUGGAGGAUGAGAUGGAGGAUGAAGACAUAGAACUUCAGGAGGCAGAUGCAAUGGGAGAAAAUACUGGUGAAGGAGAAAGUGAUUUUCCUCAUGCAUACUUCUUUGUAAAAUAUCUUUGCCCAGUUGAGAAUUGUGGAGGAACUAUGGCUCCAUUGCCUCCUUGCGAUGGUACUCCAUCUCCUGUUAUGGAAUGCAAUAUGUGUGGUCAUUUGAGAACUGAUGAAGACUUUAAUCAAGACCUGAAAGAUCAUGGGAUGGCUGAUUGAAGGAGAAUUACUAGAUUUUGUUCUCUAAUUUGACGAAGUGCUAUGAGGUUGUGUAUAAUAUGCUCUUCAUUUGAAUCAUGUGUGCACGCUUAGUAGGAAUUCUCCUUUUUUGUCAUUCCAUCUUGCAAAUACCACACCCUGGAGAAAAUGAAUUGCAGAAAUGCAUGGCAAAAGAACUCCUAAGAAGGGAAAGGGGUUACAGGGGUUUAAGAUGUAAAAUUCAUGAUAUAUUUUCUCUGAUAUUUAUUUUUUGUCUCAUUAUGCAAUUUUAAGGAUGUAAAAAAGAAUUCUCUUUAAAGCCUGAUUAUUUGUUUAAUUAUCCAAAACAUGGGAACUGGAUUGUUAGAAAGCUCCAACUGGUAAAAUAGUCAGGUUGCCCUGCUGGUAAAAUGUCUAGGGCUUAACUAUUAAUAUUUGUCCUGUUAACAGAAAGGAUAUUUUUGCUU